GUUCUUGAAGAGUUGUCAAUUUCUGUGUCAGCAGGAAGCCACGUGAUGUUUCUGAUCAACAGUCAAUAGUUAGCCGUCAACAAGGGCGAACACCUGGGAGUGUAUGAUGACCGCACGGCGGCGCUGUGCCAAAACGCUGAUCAUCGCUGAAGAUGAUGAAGAGGUGGAGGCAGAUGGACAUAACCCAUUCUCCUUCAGAGAGUUCCUGCGCUGCAAGAACCAGGACCAGGACCAGGAUCAGACACAUCAAAAUAGCUACUUAUUAUCUGAUGACCCUCUGAGCCAGUCAGCACUGCAGGCCAAUCAGGAAGAGGAAGGUAAAAAGUGGGCGUGGAGUUUCCAGUCAGCCACUGCAGAGAGCUCCACCUCUUCUCACUGCACAGAGGAGGAGGAGGAGGAGGAGGCAGGCACCAGGUGAGUCUG